CGGGGGACGAUGCUGCCCAUGCUGCACGCCGCGGCGCACCGCGGGAAGUGGACCCGGCCCGGCGCCGCCCGGCGGGCCGCCUGCCUGCUGGCCGCGGCGUACGCGCUCAAGACCCUCGGUCCCCUGGUCGGCCAGCGCCUGAAGCAGAAGCCGGCCGGCCGCGGGGAGCGAGCGGCUGGAGAGGGCCGGGGAAGACCGCAUUGCGCCCAGACCCGGUGCGGGAAACCCGCUCCCGGGUUGAACGCGGAUUUCUGCAGGCAGCUGCUGCAACUUCGGAAGAUUCUCUUUCCCAAACUUGUGAGCACGGAAACCGGCUGGCUGUGCCUCCACUCGGUGGCUCUCAUCUCGAGAACCUUCCUGUCCAUCUAUGUGGCCAGGCUGGAUGGGAAGAUCGUGAAGAGCAUCGUGGAAAAGCAGUCCCGGACUUUCAUCUUCCAAUUGAUCAAGUGGCUCCUGAUUGCCAUUCCUGCCACCUUCGUCAACAGUGCCAUACGGUACCUGGAGUGCAAGCUGGCGCUGGCUUUCCGAACGCGCCUCGUCCAUCACGCCUAUCAAACCUACUUUACAAAUCAGACCUAUUACAAGGUGAUCAAUAUGGAUGGGAGGCUCACCAAUCCUGACCAGUCUCUGACUGAAGAUAUCAUGAUGUUCUCCCAGUCCGUGGCCCACUUGUAUUCCAAUCUGACCAAACCGAUUUUAGACGUCAUCCUCACCUCCUAUACGCUCAUCCAGACGGCCGUGUCCAGGGGAGCAAGCCCCUUGGAGCCCACCCUCCUGGCGGGACUUGUGGUGUAUGCCACUGCGAAGGUGCUGAAAGCCUGCUCCCCCAAAUUUGGGAAGUUGGUGGCAGAAGAGGCGCACAGGAAAGGCUAUUUGCGUUAUGUGCACUCUAGAAUCAUAGCCAACGUGGAAGAGAUUGCUUUUUACAGAGGACAUAAGGUAGAAAUGAAGCAACUCCAGCAAAGUUACAAAGCUUUAGCAGAUCAGAUGAACCUGAUUUUAUCCAAACGCUUGUGGUACAUCAUGAUAGAGCAGUUCUUGAUGAAGUAUGUUUGGAGCAGCUGUGGACUAAUUAUGGUGGCCAUACCUAUUAUCACUGCAACUGGCUUUGCAGAUGGUGAUCUACAGGAUGGCCAGAAGCAAGCCAUGGUGAGUGACCGAACUGAAGCCUUCACCACUGCACGGAACUUGCUUGCCUCAGGAGCUGACGCAAUUGAGAGGAUUAUGUCUUCCUACAAAGAGGUCACUGAAUUAGCAGGUUAUACUGCUCGAGUAUAUAAUAUGUUUUGGGUGUUUGAUGAAGUAAAGAGAGGCAUUUAUAAAAGAGCUGCUGUCACUCAAGAGCCUGAAACUCAGAGCAAGAAUGGAACUAACCUAGAAAUACCCCUCAGUGACACACGGGAAAUUAAAGGAAAAGUUAUUGAUGUGGAUCAUGGAAUUAUUUGUGAAAAUGUUCCCAUAAUUACGCCAGCGGGAGAAGUGGUGGCUUCCAGUCUAAACUUCAAAGUACAAGAAGGAAUGCAUCUUUUGAUCACUGGUCCCAAUGGCUGUGGGAAAAGUUCUCUCUUCCGAAUUUUAAGUGGGCUCUGGCCUGUGUAUGAAGGGACCCUCUACAAACCACCUCCUCAGCACAUGUUCUAUAUCCCACAAAGGCCAUAUAUGUCCCUCGGAAGUCUCCGGGAUCAAGUCAUCUAUCCCGACUCUGUGGAUGACAUGCAUGGUAAAGGCUACACAGACCAGGACCUGGAGUGUAUCCUGCAGAACGUCCACCUCUACCACAUCGUACAGAGAGAAGGAGGAUGGGAUGCUGUUAUGGACUGGAAAGAUGUCUUGUCAGGGGGGGAGAAGCAAAGAAUGGGAAUGGCGCGGAUGUUUUACCAUAAACCAAAAUAUGCAUUGCUGGAUGAAUGCACGAGUGCGGUCAGCAUUGACGUUGAAGGGAAAAUAUUCCAGGCUGCGAUAGGAGCUGGGAUAUCCUUACUCUCUAUAACACACAGGCCUUCUCUUUGGAAAUACCACACUCAUUUAUUACAAUUUGAUGGUGAAGGAGGCUGGCGCUUCGAACAACUGGAUACCGCUAUCCGUUUAACACUGAGUGAAGAAAAACAAAAACUAGAAUCUCAGCUAGCUGGAAUUCCCAAAAUGCAAGAAAGACUUGAUGAACUUUGUAAAAUUUUGGGAGAAGACUCAGUGCUGAAAACAAUGAAAAAUGAAGAUGAGACCUCCUAAUUUGCUUUGACAUGUUGAAAAGUGAAGAUGGAGAGAUACUCUGUUAUAUAUAGUGCAUGUGGUGCGUUAAGCUAAGCACAGAGAAAACAAAGUCAGUAAGAAAUGUUUUAUAUGAUGGUAGCACCAAGAAAGUAUGUGGUAACUUUUCAGAAGAAAAUAAAAAAUGUAUUAUGUAAGAUUUAGUCAUUAUGGCUCAUACUAAUUCCUA